CUCCCGGCGUGGACCAGGCUGGGCUUCACUUGGCGUUGCCAUGGGGACGAGCUCCCUCCGCGGCAAGUUCCCGAGUCUGGAGACCGCGCCUUCCUGGGGAGGGAUCCCCGCCGGGCUGUAGGCAUGGCCCAGGAGAAGGAAAACGAAGACCCCGUCGGAUCUAUCUUAAUCCAGGUCCAUGAAGAUCUUUAUGAAUUGAGGGAGAAAUUAACAAAAUUCCCGCUUGAGGAAAAAGGCGGGGCUCUGGACAUUCAGAAUCUUGAAACAGCAAUCAAAAGGACUGAAAUGGGGUUAAAAAUACACAUCGAGAAGUAUUUAAACGUUGUACACCAACAUGUGUUAACAACUCCUAUUGAUUAUAACUUAUAUUCGUCUCAUGCUUCCAAAUGGUUGUUCCCAGCUGUAAUUGAUCAGAAAACAUUUAUUUUCCCUCUGGAAUCUGAGGGGAAACUUUGGCAACCCCAAAAGGAGCACAAUUCAUUUCCACGUGCCUUUCCAAGAGUAAAGCCUGCCAGUCACCUCUGCCUGUGGGAUUUUCCAAGCAAGAAUACUGAGGAGGUUGCCAUUUCCUUAUCCAGUGAAAUAUUAGGGCGAAAGACAGGGUUGAAUAUAAAAAUCAUACAGGAUCCUGAAAGCACCCACCACAGAGCUGCUGUCAAUGCGACCUAUGGAAUCAGUUUGCCAUACAUUAACCAGAGAAAAGCAAGUGUGAAGGCUCAGAAGUUAAUAAAAGGUUCCACUAUAUCCAGCCUCACGGUUCUGCCAGCUUCUCAUCGCACGAAUCCCUAUUUCACCCCAGUGCCAGUCUUACAGGCAGAUGCCAACAAAGGGGUUUUAAGUAUGAUAGAACGAGGAUUGAUUCCACCAACAGCAAGAAUUACCUUUCAGAAUCCACCUAUUAUACCCAGAGCCGCUCCUCUGCAUCGUUUUGAUGAAGGACAUAAGAGUUUGGCUACCGCCCCGUUUGCUGCACCCCAGAGAAAAGAGUCGAUUCCAGAGGAAAUGAAGACUCUCUCUCUCAAGAGACAGAGGUCAAAGUGGAAAGGCAGAAAGUCAAGAGGAUAUCAUGAUAAGAAGGCCGUGAAAGUGACAGCACCUUCUAAGACCCAGAAAUCACCGUGGGAUUAUGACUUUUUUAUUUACAAUGGUGUUGUAGACAAGACAGCCCCAGACUUCUUAGCUUUCAAGGAGCAUUACAGUCUGUCUUGGGGAAGUAUUUUUUCUCUCUUGGAACACAUCGAGAAGUUUCUUAAGGACUAUGCGAUACCAGAAGUCAAAAUAAAAGGUAACAGUUUAGUAACGCUCCUUCCAGAGUUUGAGCUGAAGAAUAAACUUACCAGAUCUGACCUUCUCUCAGUGUUAGAGAACCCAGUUGACAUCCAAAUGAUGUUAAAUCUUCCGGGGCAGAGGUACAAGGGCCAGGAUGGAAAGACAGAGGCUGCCAUGAAGAUCCAAGCCACAUGGAAAUGCUACAAAGCAAGAAGAUUUUUCCAGACUUAUCGCCGGCAGAAGUGGGCAUCAGGUGUCAUCGCCAUUGCCUGGCUCUUACAUUGCCACAAGACCCGGCUGAGGAAGCUCCUGAAGGAAUCACGUGAAAGACACCUGGAGAAUUUCCGCAUCCGAGCCAAGCAUCUGGCAGCCAACUGGAAUCGCAUCAGGACCUCCAGGAGGACUAUUAUCCAUAUCCCAUCAUUAGGAUAUUCCCAGCCUGUGCGACAAAAUAUUGCCGAUUUCAACACACAGCAGAACACGCAGCUGGGGAGGCUGUGCGACAUCUUAGAUGCCAAAGUGAGCGUCAUCUACAUCUGCUCCCAUCGAAUGAAUGACGAGUUACUGCUGUAUUACAACAAAAUCCUGAGUCUACAGGCAGCUGUCAAAUCGGGGAACCUUGAGGACAGAAGUGACCUGCGGGACAGGUUCAAAAUUAUCACCCCUGAAGCUAUAAACAUCUUCACUAUAAUAGAACAGGUGAGUCAGCUGGUCACCGAUCACCUGGAAAUCCAACGCUGGCUCUUUAAAACAGACUAUGAGUUUGGAGGAAAUGGGACUGCGUUUUGUGACAUUCCCUCCCACCUAAAGUGCUACAAGUGGAUCCUAAAGGAGAGUCAGAGAUACAGUCGCAAAGACUGGAGAAAGAAAUGGGCACAAGAGCCAGCUUUGGUGAAGAUCUCCGAGGAGCUGGCGGGCAUUUUAGCACAGCACGCACAGCCAGUCAAUGGGAAACGGUUCCCAACAUGGAGGAAAUUCCUGCAAACAUUUCUCAGUCAAGGAGGCGUGAUUGAAGCGUACCCACCUUCAGAGAGUGUUACCAACGUGACAGUGGACAUGCUGAUAGAACCCAAUGGAGAAAUCAGGCUGCUGUCAACAGGCGACCAGUUUCAUGCUGAAGGCCCGUUCAUCUCCUCUGGGACCACCAUGCCUCAGACCUCCGUGGAUCCCCAAGUGCUCAGUUCUUUGUGCCUUCAAAUUGGAAAGGCUUGUAAAAUGAAAAACGUGAUCGGUCACUUUUCCAUAGACCUGGUGACUUUUAUUGAUCCGAGCACCAUGGAGCAGCAGGUGUGGGCAACAGGCCUCAACCUCUCGUACAGUGACCAGCUGGCCCUGACUCAGCUCACCUUAUACUUGACCAAUGGCCACCUGGAUUGCAGUUUGAGCACCCUUGAAGUGCCCCGCUUUGCUCCCAAGAAAGACAAGAAAAUGAACAACCUAAAUGUUCAGAAAGUGCCGUCACAGGCAACCAGUCGCUAUGCGGUGAUGAGCACCCAGCUGAGGCAUGACACUCUCUCUCUGGUUUUCCACUACGUUUUUCUCCAAAUGUGUAAGGCCCAUGGCAUCGGCUAUAAUGUUGAGGACAGACAAGGAACUAUCUUUAUAUUAUUUGAAAAUUUGAAGAGAGACAGGUUGGGAAUGUUAACAAUCGGUGAGGAUCUCCAGGGGGUCCUCAUGACCUUUGCUCGCAAUCUCUUCAUCAUCCAUCAAGAAAUAUCAGCACCUAAUAUGCAAGGCGAGACCAAUUUUAAGACUGCCAUUGAUGACCUUGAAGCCAUUCUAGGAGUAACAGAGGAAAACAAGUUGAGAUUUGAAGAAAACCUACAGUCCAAACAUUAAAAACCCUCUCUAAACCUGAUAAAUGAAUGAUCCUGGAACACUUUACUGAUUUUGGAUUCCAAUCUGAAGCCAAAAAAUGGGC